CACAACUCUUGCAAAAGACCUGAGUAGCAGAGCAGAGGAAACAAAUUUAUACCAAAUCCACAAGGAAUGUAAGAAAGAAGAAGGAAACAGGAAGCAGAUUCCAAGUCAACAUGGAAGGAGCUUUGACAGCCCGAGACAGAGUGGGAGUGCAGGAUUUUGUGCUACUCGAUUCUUACACCAGCGAAAUUGCCUUUCUGGACAAUCUUCGUAAACGCUUCCGGGAGAACCUCAUCUAUACAUAUAUCGGCACUCUGCUGGUGUCUGUGAAUCCAUACAAGGAGCUGGAUAUAUACACCCCCAAAAAGAAGGAGCUCUACCAAGGAGUGAAUUUCUUUGAACUCCCACCUCAUAUCUAUGCAAUCGCAGACAAUGCCUAUCGGGUGAUGUGCACGGAGUACAACAACCAUUUCAUCCUGAUCUCUGGAGAGAGCGGAGCAGGGAAGACUGAGGCCUCGAAGAAAAUCCUAGAGUUCUAUGCCAAGACCUGCCAGACCACAGAACAGCUGCAGGUGGUGCGAGACCGUCUCCUACUGUCUAACCCCGUACUGGAGGCUUUUGGGAAUGCCAAGACCCUCAAGAAUGAUAAUUCCAGCCGGUUUGGGAAGUACAUGGACAUCCAAUUCAGCUAUACGGGAGCUCCGGUUGGAGGUCACAUCCUGAGUUAUCUCCUGGAGAAGUCAAGAGUGGCUCACCAGAAUCAUGGAGAGCGCAACUUUCACAUCUUCUACCAGCUGCUGGAAGGAGGGGAGGACGAGCUGCUUCGCUGGUUGGGUCUGGAUCGUAACCCACUGCUGUACCACUACCUUAUCCAGGGUGAAUGUGCCAAAGUGAGCUCCAUCAAUGACAAAAGUGGGUGGAACACCGUUCAAAAAGCAUUGUCUGUGAUUGAUUUUACCAACAGCGACAUUGAUAACCUGCUGGGGAUAAUUGCCAGUGUUCUGCACAUGGGAAACAUCCAGUUCAUUGCAGACAACCAAGGACGUGCCAACAUCACCGUUGACAAGCAAAUCAGAUGGAUUUCCAAGCUGCUGGGUGUGCACGUCUUGGUCCUGCAAGAGGGUCUGACCCACAAGAAGAUUGAAGCAAAAGCUGAAGAGGUGUUGAGUCCACUGACUGUGGAACAGGCCUUUUGUGCACGGGAUGCACUAGCAAAAGCUAUUUAUGGACGCACGUUUACUUGGCUCGUUAACAAGAUCAACAGAUCACUAGCUAAUCAAGACCCCAGCAGAAAAACAGUGAUUGGACUAUUGGAUAUCUACGGAUUUGAAGUCUUUGAUAUCAACAGUUUCGAGCAGUUCUGUAUUAAUUACUGUAACGAGAAGCUGCAGCAACUGUUGAUCGAGUUGACCCUGAAAUCGGAGCAGGAGGAAUACAAGGUGGAAGGAAUCCAGUGGGAGCCAAUCCAAUACUUCAACAACAAGAUUAUCUGUGAUCUCGUGGAACAAAAACACAAAGGAAUCAUCUCCAUUCUGGAUGAAGAAUGCCUGAGACCUGGAGAAGCCACAGAUCUUACAUUUCUGGACAGGAUGGAGGAAAAAGUGGGAGCCCACCCUCACUUCCUAACACACAAGUUGGCCGAUAAGAAGACAAGAAAGUCCCUGUGUAGGGGUGACUUCAGGCUGUUACACUAUGCAGGAGAAGUUACUUACAAUGUAACAGGGUUUCUGGAUAAGAAUAAUGAUCUCCUGUACAGGAAUCUCAAAGAGGCGAUGCGUGGCUCCACAAACCUCAUCGUUAAAGAAUGUUUUGACACAACCGAACUGGACACAAAGAAAAGACCUGAGACUGUGGCAACACAGUUCAAGUACAGCUUGAUGGGUCUGAUUGACAUCUUGAUGUCAAAGGAGCCUUCAUAUGUCCGGUGUGUCAAACCAAAUGAUGCCAAACAACCAGGCAGGUUUGACAACAUGUUAGUGAGACAUCAGGUAAAGUACCUGGGCCUCAUGGAACACCUGCGCGUGAGACGAGCAGGCUUUGCCUACCGCAGGAAGUUUGACGCGUUCUUGAAAAGGUAUAAAUUAUUGUGCCCAGACACUUGGCCAAACUGGCAUGGACCAGCUUCAGAGGGAGUUGAGAGACUGGUGAAGUAUAUCGGCUACAAGCAGGAGGAAUACAAAAUGGGAAAAACAAAAAUAUUUAUUCGUUUUCCAAAGACAUUGUUUGCCACUGAGGAUGCCUAUCAAGCCAGCAAGAAUGCCUUGGUUGCGAAGCUUCAGGCCAAAUACAAAGGCAAAGUCCAGAGGGGGGAGUUUCAGAAGCAGAAAAGGGCAGCAAUCAAGAUUGAGACAUGCUGGAGAGGAAUUCAAGCAAGGCAGGAUGCCGGGAAGAGAGCCUGGGCUGUAAAAGUAAUCAAAAAGUUUAUUAAAGGCUUCAUACUCAGAAAUCAGCCAGUCUGCCCAGAAAAUAAAGACUACUUGGCCUUUGCUCGAUAUAACUACCUGAUGAACCUGAGGAAAAAACUGCCGAAGAACGUUCUGGAUAAAAAAACAUGGCUCAAGCCUCCUGCCUUCCUGGAAACGACCUCAGAACUAUUGAGGAAGUUGCACAUGCGAACACUAGUUCGAAAAUACUGCAGAGGGAUCUCAGCCCAACGUAAGCUGCAGAUGCAACAGAAGGUUGUGGCGAGUGCACUGUUUAAGGGGAAGAAGGACGGCUAUUUACAGAGUGUGACCAAACCCUUCAGUGACAGCAGACUUCGUGAACAGGAUAUCAACCCGAAGGCUCUCCAGCUGAUUCGCCAUGAGAGACUCAGGUACGGUGUUCCCGUAAUUAAAUAUAACCGAAAUGGCUUCAAACCCAGACCAAGGCAACUGCUCUUAAUGCAGACAAAAGCCUACAUAGUUGAAGAGGACAAGAUCAAGCAGAAAAUUGAAUAUGCGACUCUGAAAGGUGUGUCCGUCAGCAACCUGAGUGAUGGAGUCUUCGUUAUCCACGUGCCCUGUGAAAACAACAAACAGAAAGGUGAUGUCAUUCUACAAUGUGACUAUGUCUUUGAGACUGUGACCAAGCUCUGCACAAUGGCCAGCAAGCAAAACAGCUUCAAAAUCGUACAGGGCAGCCUGAAAUUCACAAUUGAACCAGGAAAGGAGGGGAUCGUCGAUUUCACAUCAGGUCAUGAGUCACAGGUCUUCAAAGGGAAGAAUGGUCACCUGAUGGUGAUGACUCCGAGAGUAAAGACUCGAUGACCUUCGCUAUCAUUCAUCUCUUCUGUUUCAAAUUUUAUGGGAAAUAUAAAUAUGCUGCAAGUCUCAAAGGCAUUCAUUGUAUUACCCUGUUACCACUUAAUGAUGCGUCACCGUGACGACCUGCAAAAUGUUAUCCUGCCAUCAGUACAUUGUGUGUUGGAGGCACGGCCUGUUCAAUACUGCCUCAUCGUGUAACCUUCCACAGUGCCUGCAAGCUCAAAGAGCCAGGAGCGGUUUGAUUCAACGUAGGGAAACAUCCUUUGGCAAGCUCUGAAGACGUCCCGGACCUGAUUCUUUAUCCAGUUCUGUUAGAAGAUCGUGCCCCACUUGGCUUCUCCCUGGGCUCGGAUGGGAGGAAUCUGCGAGCUUCCUUGCUCCUGUUCAUUGUGUGGUAACCCCGUGCUGGGAAGAGUGGGUGUUUGGAUGGGAUUUAAAAGCUUUUCUUCAGGACUGGAAAGGAAGAGGGAAGAAGCCAGAAUAAGAAGGUGGGUGAGGGGGAAGUACAUGCAGGCAGGUGAUAGGUGA